AUGAAUAUGGAAGGAAAUAAUACUACAGAUGAGCAAGCAUUAUCAAGACUACCUAAUAAAAAAAGACAAAAAUGUUAUACAAGUUGGGUAUGGAAUUGGAUUACCAGGGAUGAAGAAAGCUGGAUUGAAAAAUACAAUAUUGAAGGAUGUGAAACAAGUCUCUCUUUGAAUUCUGCUACAUUUUCUUUUACUUAUCAUUUAGGUCAUGCUCAUCUCAUAACAAAAUAUACACCAAUAACUCAAAUAAAAACAGAACUGAAUAUUGAAAAAGUUGAAGAAAUUGCAAUUGAAUCACUUUCAAAAAAUAAGCAAAAGCAAACAAAUUUCCGCAUUUUAGAAUUUAUAAUAGAUGAUUUACAACCAUUUGUUUUACUAAAGAAUGAAAAAUUCAAAAAUUUUUGCAUUACACUUUUCACAACUGAUUUAUGGACUGGAUUUCAUAAAUCUUAUAUUAGUGUAACUGUUCACUGGAUAACUACCGAUUUUGAACUUCAACAAAUUUUACUUACUAUUGAGGAAAUGCAAUAUAAUCAUACUGGUACCAAUAUUGCUGCAAAACUACAACAUAUCUUUGAUCGUUGGAAUAUUAAUUUACGAGAAAGAAUCAUCACUAGUAUAAAUGAUAAUGAUAUAAAGAUAAUUAAAGCUUUUAGAAAAUUAGGAAUUAUCAAUAUUCCUUAUUGUGUACAUACUAUUCAUUUAGCUAUUUCUGAUGGUUUAAAGAUUGAUUCUAGUCAAGAAUUACUUAAAAAAAUUAAGGCACUUAAUAUUUUUUUUGUUCAUCAUAAUAAAUAUCAAAGCCGUUUUUUACAAAUUCAAAAGGUUCUUCAACCUACCAAAGAAGCACUUGCACCAAUUCAAGAUGUUGAUAUGAGAUAG